AUGAAAUUAAUUCAAACAAGUUCAAGUUUAUUUAAAAAUCAAUUUACUUUAAGACUUCAUCAUCAAAAUUUAAAUCCAAUCUUAUACAAGAAUUUCAAUCGAAGCUUUCUUAUCAUUCAUCAUUUAAAUCAAAAUACAAAAGAACCUCAUAAAGAUACUCAACAAUUUACUAAACCUGAUCCAAAUUCAAAAAAGGUACCAACUGAUUCAGAAGAACAUGUUAGAGCAGAAAAAGAUGAUCGAUCAACUAAAACUUUACAAAAAGAAACCAUCAAAGAAGUUCACGAAACUCAUCAUACCAAGAACAAAACUUGA